ACGGCCGUGAUUGAGAGCGUCCCGUGAAUACAAACACACUUUUCAUUCCCAUGGAUUAGAAGUUUGGAAGAGUUGUCAGGCUUGGACCUUAAAAAACAAACAACAACAAAAAAAAAAAAAAAACAUAUGUUGGAAUUACAUUUGAAGACGAAGACGGUGUAUCAGCAUAAAGUGGAAUACUUUUCCACAUCUUAAGGAAAUACUGAACUUCGAAAACGUCUCUGGAAUACAAGGGAAUAGCGAGAACUUUGUAUUAUUAAGAACUUUUAUCACAGUUCAACAUUUGUGUUAUACGUUUUGUAACUUUAUUGUAAGAUAAAACAUGCAACCUCUUACAACUUGUUGUGUUUAGUAACUAGAACAUGUCACUGUUCCUUUGUAAAAAGGUUGAGGGUUUCUAACGGACAAAGCAAAUUUGUUUUUUCUUAGUUGGCUCAAAAUUGAGUCUGCAUCUUAAACUCUGAGCGUUUCAUCAGCGCCCACAAGGGCUUGGUCGACUUCAGCCAUGAAUGUGCCAAGGUGCUUUGGAGUUUGCGCUAUGAUGAGACUUCUGGCGCUGUUUAUACACGUUUUAUCAACGACAGCAAAGAGACACGUUGUAUACUGGAACUCUACCAAUACAAGGUUAACGGGAGAUGAUUACUCUGUCCAGGUCAAUCUGAGUGAUUAUCUGGAUAUACUGUGCCCCCACUAUCCUGCUGGCCAGCCAUCGGCUGGCCCUGCUGAGACGCUGGCUCUCUACCUGGUGGCUGAGGGCCAGUUCAGAGGCUGUGUGGAGACUAAAGAGGCCAUUAAGAGAUGGGAGUGUAACCAGCCCCACGCUCCCUAUGGCCCUGUCAGAUUCUCUGAAAAGAUCCAGCGCUUCACCCCCUUCUCUCUGGGCUUUGAAUUCUUACCUGGGCAUCAUUACUACUAUAGCUCACUAUCCGCAGAUGAUGGACCCCCCCUCCCCUGUAUGAAGCUACGAGUCACUGUGUGCUGUCCACCUGUAACAGCUGGAUCAUCACGACAGGAAGCCACAGAAAGACCAUCACACAGCAGUGCUGUCUAUUCUGUCACAGACGGACGAAUUUCUCUACUCCUCAUCGCCCUCUUUUUGCCUUUUUUACUCUGAUACCUCCCCAAAUAACUUAAAAGCAAGCAAGUGAUCUGUUUCAGUUGAUAAUCCUCCAUAACCAGUUGCAUUAUAGUAAAUGCUGUUCUAUAUUCUCGGUGCUCUCACCUUUUCCUUUGCCCUGUCAUUUUUGUCACACCACUAAUCUCUAUCCUUCCAUUUCCUUUCUGGCACUAUCCGGUCCAUUCUCAGUGCCUCCUUACUCCUGUCUGCUCUGAUAAAAGUUCACUCUGUAACAGAGCGACACUAAUCUACCUUCAAAGAGCUUGUUUUAUGGUUCAUUUUCUUUUAAUCCCUCUGUCCUUAAGAGUCAGACAUUCCUUAACUGCCCUCCUCCUUUACAAGCCACUUGUCCCCCCUCUGUACUACUGUACAACAAACUGAGCCAAAGAGGAGGAGGAGGAGAAUGAAGCUCCCCAGUCCUGCUGUAUGUACUACUACUGAGUGAAAGAUCAGGGACAGAGUGACCACUCAUACCUGUGAUCACUAAACACAUCCAAUCCCAUUGAAGGAGAUCAGGGAUCAAUGACUGGAGAGAAAAAAAAUCAUAUUACUUUUUCUUAUAUUUUGUCUUUAAAAGAAAAAUAGUUUGAAACCAAAGCCAGACACACAGUACAUUGAAUUUAAACAAUCAUUAGAUGACAAGCUGUUGAUUGUUUUGGAAUAACAUUUAAAAAAAGAUUUAUUAACUCUAUGCAACUCAGCAGAACUCUGGAAUUACCUGGAAAAUCCUGGAAUUUUUGUGUCUUGAAUUUUCUGACAUUUCUUUAGGGCUUAAAUUGGGGUUGAGAUGUUGAAUUCAUUCCCACACCUGCGUGUGCUGGCUGAGGUAAUGCUGUGGUGGGCUACAUAGACCACACAGAAAAAGUAAGAACUUUCUGUUUGGUAUUUGUGGGACAUAUAUGACUGGGUACCUCCUAGUGUGGACUAUUCUGGUUUGCCCACUCGUUUCUUGACUCUCUGUAAAGUGUUAAAGUAGCUGAAUGAUUGAUUUGACACUUAAUCAGGUUCAGAUUCAUGAUCAGUUUUCCUUUCCUGUUUUUCGUUUAUAUCUGUUUGUUGACUAUUCAUUUUUGAUGGUUGUUCCUUUUUUGUCUUUACUCAUAAUUAUUUGUGGGGAUGUGAAUUAUAUGUAAUUGAAGUGUUCGUUUUGUUUAAUUGAAUCAGGAAAUAUGUAAAAUGUUUUGUAUGGGUAUAACCAUAAGUGAUGUUUUGUUUUAUUAUUUUUUCAGUCUAAAAUAAUGCACAGACGAUAGCAGAGAAAACAUCUUGUUGAGUACUGUUUAAAUUCUGGUUUGUCUACCUAAUGUAAUUUAUCUUCUCUUUUUUUUUUUUUUUUUUUUUUGCAAUUUGAGCAAUGUAUUUUUAGUAUUAGCAGGAAGAGAAUAUUGUUUAGAUAAACAAUAGCUUAAUAAUAGCAUAACACAUUUGGGAUGUGGGGAGAUCAAGAAAAUUAGCCUAAAUAAGUAUUGAAAUAUUUAUUUUUAAAACUUUAUUUUUAUUUUUUAUAUAUUGUUUGAACUAUUAAUAAGGAAUUUUUUAAUUCCUACUCGGUUCUAAUAAUAUUGAAGUCAUUUGCCCCUUUAUUAAGUCCCAGAAUUCUAAACCAUAUUUUAUGACAAAGUAAAAUGUCCUCCAAUUUCUUGUAGUGCCUGAUGUUUUUUGAUUUCAGGAAUUCAAAUGCAAAUAAUAGGUGCCAAAACAGAACAAUCAGUUUACAGAUUUUAUUUUAUUUUAUUUUAUUUUUAUUUUUUUUACAUGGUAUGUAAGAAUGUAGUUUUCUUUGAAAUUUCACAUUUUUGUGAAGUAGUCAGCAUCUUCUGUGAAGAACUAAUGCCAUUUGUCUAUGGCAAAAUAAAAUAAAAUAAAAAUAAUAAUAAUGAUUUUCAAAUCUCCUUUUUUUUUUUUUUUUUUUUUACACUGUACUAUCUUGUUUCAUCUUUUUGUCAUUUGAAGGUGAAUCUGGAGCCAGUCAUAUGAGAAAUAAUCAAAGACAAUAAUUUAGGAACUUGGCUUAAAUACUUGUUUCAGGUCAUGUUUUUCAGAACUCUGUGAUGUUUGCAGCUACUUGCAUUCAUCUGAGGAGCCCCCUUUAAUUUGAGAAAUGUUCAAAUGAAAUAAUUUACUCUUUCAAAUGUGUUAAUUAUGUUUGAGAGCACAUGCAGUCAAGACUGUUUUUCAGUUCAGUGUUAAUAUUUGUAUUAUAUUGUAAACAAGCAGAACAGAUUAUUCAAAGUACUGAAUGAUACAUUAUUCUCAGACAUACCUACAGUACAUUUAUUUGUCAUCCACUUAAAACUGUGGUAAAGAAAAAAAAUAUAUAGUGGAUUAUUUUGAUCCAGUUUUCCCCAAACCUCCAUUGAGAUGAGGUACAUUUUGUCAUACUUUGUCCAAGCACAUCUAGAAACUGGUUUAUAGCACACACUGUAAUAUUUCUGAUGAAAUGAGUACAGAUGUAAAGGUACACAUUUGUGAUCUUUAGUGAGUGUCAGAUGGUUCAAUUAUUUCCUCUAGAUGGCAUCUGUUCCUCACUGAGCCAUGAAAACUUUGUGUAAGCAAGCCUGUUUAUGGAGGUUCAGAGAGGUGAAGGGUGCGGUGCUAUGAGUCAUAAGUCAUUCUUCAUCUUCAGACCAAAUGAUUGGCAAAAGCAACUGGAAGAUUAAAGGCAAUUAGUCAAUGCAGAUUAACAGCACUAAACAUCACUGUAUAGAACUAACAUUGUUCAGUGUGAGUUGUAAAGAAAAUGAUAUCACAGAGAGGACAAAGUGUAAGCAUUUUGUUUAUUAAACAGACAUUUCUCAGGGGAAAUGCUUCAUAAUGUACAAAAAAUAAUUUUGGAGCUGCUGCACAUGCAUGAAACAAGUUUAAAGAUAAAAUCCUUGAAUUUUGGGGGGGGAAAGUUAUCCAUCAGGUAGCUUAUUGAUUGCAAAUGUAUUAUGCCAUUCAAGUGUCAUUUACUGAGCAUAUGCAUACAGUAAUGCACAGUAUGUACUGUAUACACGAAAAAAAUAUUCCGGCCUAUUUUUAAGAUUUAUGCAUUUUAAUUUCAUAACAUUUUAUUUAAAUAUAAUUCUGUAAUGUUUAUUCCAAUUAAAUUAAUAAAGCUUUAUAUAUAUAUAUAUAUAUAUAUUAUUUUUUUUUUAAUUAAAAAUGACUUCAAUUUGGUGGAAUUGUGUAAUGAAAUUGAAAUGUGUAAAUCUUAAAUGUAUUUAUUUUGUUGAGUGUAUUGAGCACUGAAUGUGUUAGGGUAGUGUUUCAAUUCAAAUAAAG